GAACAUAGGAUGCUCUCUCAAGUCCUCGUGCACUAAGAUACAAGCGCUGUUCAUCAACUCAUGAACAGUCGAAUGUUCAAGCCGAAUAGGCAAAGAUAUUCAUUCUCUUGUUAUCGUCGCAAUCAAUAAUGAUUUGAUUAGAUCAUGAGGCACGCAGAACAUGUACAGUCCAUGGCAAUUGUGGUGGAGAGUAAUCUUGCAGUGGGAACAUGGUCGUGGACAUUAGGAGCAGCAGCAGCAGCAGCAGUCAUCUGGGGUAAACGGCUCGAGCCGCGCAUGCAGGCUCGCCACCCGCAAUACAUUGUGCAUUUGCCUGCCGAGAAAGUCGGGGUGCGGAUCAUGGCGGAGAAACGACGAUGGACAGGAACUCUGCGGACCGUAUACAGGAUGCCCGAAAGAGCCCGUCCGUUGUCGCCCGCAAACCCGUCUUCAUUCGAAACCGGCCGGACUCCGAUUCGACUCCGACUCGAUGGUUAUCGAUGGCUCGCGUGAUUCGCUUGUGUCACUUGGGAGCACCCGGAAAGUGGAGGGAGGAGGUAUCGAUCGAAACGCUGAAGCUCGGGGCCGAUGGUCGUGCGAAUGCGCGAGAGGCCACAGCGUAUAUACAUACGAGCGAGGGGGAGGUCCGCGUACGAGGUCUGAUGCAAGCCUGCUUUCGGUGGGUGGACCGGACCUCCGAUGACGCGGCCUCGGCGAGGGUUGCGAGCUUCCUACGUCUGCAAACGGCUCUUCGUCCACGUGACGGGGAUGAGGUACGAAAGCAAUAGUUGAUCCUCGUGCGGAAAAGGAGGAGGACGCACAUUUGCGAUGAUUCGAAAGCGAUGAAAAGGAACAAAAGGACAUCAUUCCAUGGAACUGUACUUGGGGCCAUAAUCAGUGAGAUGUACACGAAAAUCACCGCCGAGCACUGUUUUGUUGCUGCCUCUUGCGCUUUACACUGUGGCCAAGUUGGGAAGUCAACACUUUCUGGAGGUUCAAAUGAACAUGGUAUGUUCUCCCAAGGCCUCGUUCAAGUCUCAUUUACUGGAAAGCGGAGCAGCUCAGAGCAGCUCAUAGCGGUGGCACGAACAUGCUCCCAGUGAAAGAUCAUACCCCACAUUCGCAGACGAAAUCCUAAACCACCUCAUUGAUGAGAUGGGUUUAGCAACUGUGGUUGACGCAUAAAGUGAGGUCAACAGAUCCUGCAGCUUGGAUUAUUGUUCUAUCGUCUGUGCAGUACAAUGGCACCGAGUAGUUUAUUGUCAGGUGAUUUUCCCUCAGUCGCUGCUAUGCCAGAACAAGCACACUGUGGGGCGUCCGGACAAUUAAGAACAGAAUGAAACUAUGAUUCUUUUUAUAUCUUUGAGGUGUCACUGCGACGACAUGUGUUCUUGCAAUCAAUAAAGAGUCCACGACCGUGAACAGCGACCCAAAUUCUGUCGCAAGGUUUCAGCUGCUGCAUGGAGCACCGAUCCACAGUAGCUUGGGGCAUCUCCAAAGAAGAUUCACAAUUAUACUCGCGGCCUUCCGGUGUCAUUCUAUUUUGAUUGCUAUAACGUAAAGGGCCUUUUCCAGCUCUCUUUCGAAUGUCUUCAUUUCAAUCCCACCUUGGCAGUACACAUGUGUCUGAGACUGGAUAUUCACUAUUUCAUUCGUACUCAACUGUGUUCAGAAUCGACGUGCUAAUUUGUCUGGUUUUCUUAAUUUUGUAGAUCAC